AGAUUAGUCUAAUUUCUGAGGGAGGAGGGCCGAAACUGGCUGGAGCACUCCAAAUUGCAAGAACCAGGACAGGGAUCGUCUUGUGAAGGUGGCCUAUCCGGUGAAGUGAGCAGAGCAGAGCGGACAGGAGCUGGGCGCGCGUUUCUUUUUUUGAUUCCAAUAUGGCUGACGAGGAAGAUUACAACGAUGAUGGAGCAUAUGAGGAAGAGCCUAUGGAGCCUGAAGUUGAGGGCGAGGAGUUAGAGGAAGAAGGAGAGGAUGGUGAGAAAGAUGGGUUGGACCCGUUUGCUGCACCUGAUGUAGACAUUCUCGACGCAGAACCGGAGACGACAAAUGAUAAACCGCGGAAAACAACUAAGUAUAUGACUAAAUACGAGAGGGCCCGAGUGCUUGGCACCCGGGCCCUUCAAAUCAGUAUGAAUGCACCAGUUAUGGUCGAGUUGGAAGGGGAGACCGAUCCUCUGGAGAUUGCCAUGAAAGAACUUCGAGUACGAAAGAUACCGUUUACCAUUCGUCGUUACUUGCCUGAUGGAAGUUAUGAAGAUUGGGGUGUCGACGAACUUAUUGUUGAAGAUUCUUGGAGGCGUCAAGUCGACUAGACCCCUUGUCGAAGUGCUGUAUGAAGUCGACAAAUGGACAGAUCUUCGGGAAGUAUGAAAACUAUAGAUCUGGACUUUUGUGGCGUGAGAUACUCAGGCUGAACGGAUUCAUUUUGUGGGUUCAUUUACACAAGCGAUUUUUGGGCGAUUUUAGUUUGUAUUUUAGUGAUGUAUAGAAGGGAGUGCAUUGUGAUAGAGAGAAAUUAUUUGAUCCAGCGUCUGAACUCCUUGCGGAUUAGUUUAGUUUUCGGACCCGAAGGGCUUUGUAUAUGAGACAUGAGACAGCAGUCUGGGCUGAGUAUUCGAACUAAAUUUUGACACCGUUUACUACGUAACUAGUGUUGUUAGCUGGGUUACCGAAGUUCUC